UCACCUUUCAUUUCCACAUGGUAUGUUUCCUCCAUGUCAGAUUAUGCUCAGUAAUCUCCACGAGGGGAAAGAUGGCGUGCUUUAUAGGGAUGAUGGUUAAUACUACACCUAGAGCCUCGCCUGUAGUAUCUGAUGCAAUCGCUCGCGCCAGUGGGGGGCAUUUUAUAUGGUUAGCUUUAGCUUGCUAAUCUGUUUAAAAGAUCACAACACAAAUGAGGGAUUUGGGGGGAAAUGUGCGUUUUGUAUUAGAGUCGCAGUUAAUGUGCAUGCUGUGGCGUAUAAAAAUAAAGGUCACUAUGGAUGAAUGCAUCAGGUAUCAUCCAUGUAUCAUUAUCAUCAUCAUCAUCACCAUCAUCAGUGUGGUGUAUAAUUAAUGCAUUCAUGCAUAUAAUACACUGUAUUUAUGUAGCUGCUUAGUAGCAUGUAUAAUUAUGCAUAAUUUCAGAUGAUCUUAGUGUAUUGGUGAAAUCCUGGUUAAAUCGGAUCUCAUAAGACUUCUUGCAUCGUAAGAUCUCUUUCAUCAUCUCGUAAGAAUUUUAUUUCUUUAACCAAAUGCAGUUUUUUGCUCUUUUGCUUUGACUUGGUAGCUCUUUAGGUCUAUGGGACCUGAUUUCUGUCCUCCCAGUAGAUACGAUAUGUUCACGUGGAGCAAAUAAUAACCUUUCCAUUGUUUGCUGGUGUCUUGUUUUCUGUGUGUGUCAGAAAGUAAAUGAGAUGCAGCUAGUUUGUGGAGAAUGAGAGAGUAAUACAGUGUACUGUGCAGAUGUCUGAGUGGUUUAUGAGAGAGAGAGUGAGAGUUGCAUCAGCUCGAGGACACACUGAUGCCAGCUCACGCUGCCUCGCGCCCGCCUGCACGCGCUUUAUAUGGGCUGUGGUAUAUUUGCACACGGCUGACGUGUCAACAUUUACUCACUCAAAUAGUCCCUUUUUUCUGCCUUGUAGUCAGAAAGGAUGAAACCUUUUCUGUUAUUUAUGUAUAGAAUAGUCACUAGAUAUGCCUGAAAUACUGCAGCUUUUCCAUAACUCUGUGCCAAACCCAGUCUCAGCCUGGACCAUGGUGUGUAAAAACAAGCCUUUCUGCUGCUGCUGCUUAAGGUUAUUCACAUCGACAAACCACUAAACGUCUCGACUACAUUCAUCUACAUUCAGCCAUGGUGGACAAACUGGCCUCUGUAGGACGCAUGCUGCUGCGGCGCCGUGUUCUGGACUGUUCUAGCGUGGAAACCCGCUUCGCCCGCUGCCUCUCCACUCUGGAUCUGGUGGCUCUGGGCGUGGGCUCUACACUCGGUGCUGGCGUCUAUGUGUUGGCUGGAGAGGUAGCAAGAGAGAAGGCAGGUCCUGCGAUUGUCCUCUGUUUCCUGGUGGCAGCCCUCUCGUCCAUGCUGGCAGGACUUUGCUAUGCAGAGUUUGGGGCUCGAGUGCCAAAGACGGGCUCGGCUUACCUGUACAGCUACGUGACUGUGGGAGAAAUCUGGGCCUUCAUUACUGGCUGGAACCUCAUCCUGUCUUAUGUCAUUGGUACAGCCAGUGUUGCUCGAGCCUGGAGCUCCACCUUUGAUAAUCUGAUAGAGCAGCGGAUCUCAAGCUUCUUCAGGUCAGUCAUGGCCAUGAAGGUUCCAGGCAAUGUGCUUGCUGAGUACCCAGACCUGUUUGCCCUCGUUCUCAUUCUGUUGCUGACUGGCCUGCUUGCCUUUGGUGUGAGUGAGUCUGCGCUCGUCAACAAAAUUUUCACUGGAAUCAACCUGGUGGUGUUGGGCUUUGUAAUGAUCUCAGGCUUCGUAAAAGGCAAUACAGCAAACUGGAAUCUCUCGCUGGAUAACUUUAUUAAUGAUACCAACAUCACAGCCCUGAAAGAAGUGGAGACAUCUUUUGGAAAUGGUGGUUUUGCACCAUUUGGCUUCAGAGGCAUCUUGGCUGGUGCGGCCACCUGUUUCUACGCCUUCGUGGGUUUCGACUGCAUCGCAACUACAAGUGAGGAAGCCAAGAACCCAAUGCGCUCCAUCCCUGUGGGGAUUGUUGUCUCUCUGCUCAUUUGCUUCUUCGCCUAUUUCGGUGUGUCGGCUGCACUCACAUUAAUGAUGCCAUAUUAUAAGCUCAAUACCCAGAGUCCUUUGCCUGAGGCUUUCAGCUAUGUGGGCUGGGCUCCAGCACGAUACAUAGUGGCUGUGGGUUCACUCUGCGCCCUUUCUACCAGUCUGCUGGGCUCCAUGUUUCCCAUGCCACGUGUAAUCUACGCCAUGGCCGAGGACGGGCUGCUGUUCCGUUCUCUCUCCAGCAUGAACACGCGCACCAAAACCCCGCUCCUGGCCACGGUGGUGUCUGGCUUUGUAGCAGCACUCAUGGCGUUCCUGUUUGACCUGGCUGCACUGGUUGACCUCAUGUCUAUUGGGACAUUGCUGGCCUACUCUCUGGUGGCUGUGUGUGUUCUCAUUCUCAGAUACCAGCCAGGAAUGCUUAGCUCCUCCAGUCAGAGUGAAAAACUGGUGGAGCUGGCGGGAGGUGAGAAGGUGGCUGUGUCUGGAGACAGCGGAGAUGAGUAUGGUCUCGACUCAGAAGAUCGUCUCCCCAGGGAGAAGUUCUCCUUCAAGCUACUCUUGGUUCCCUCAAGGGACAGCCCGACCAAAAUGUCUGGAGCAAUCGUCUAUGCCGUAACUACAAUCAUCUCCGUGCUGAUCACUGUGCUGUGUGCCGUGUUGGCUGUGUUCCUGGACGAUCUGAUGGACGGCCAUCUUGUGUGGGUGGCCGUGUGUGCCAUUCUCACGUCGCUGUGCUUCUUCUGUGUCUUCAUCAUCUGGAGGCAGCCUGAGAGCAAAGAAGCGCUCACCUUCAAGGUGCCUCUUCUGCCUUGGCUGCCUCUGUUUAGUGUUUUUGUCAAUAUCUACCUCAUGAUGCAGCUGGAUCUGGCCACGUGGUGCCGCUUUGCAGUUUGGAUGGCUGUUGGCUUCAUGAUCUACUUCUUCUAUGGGAUCUGGAACAGCAGUGAGGCCCUGAACAGCACCCAGCGAAAAAAGACUAAGAAGACCCCCAUCUACUUAGGAGGUGAUGAGAGUGAGAUGGAGGCCAUGUCUCCCUGAUAAACAGAGAAGCAGCUCAUCUCUACCCGUGAAGUACUACACACAUGAAGCGAAGACAACAAAUUCAGUGUUUCACAGUUGAAAGCUUGUAUUAUAUAGAUUUUGUUGAACCUUUUAUUUAAAAAAAAUUAAAACUAAACCUGGACUGUGCUCAGUACAUUAAAUCAAUAUGACGUAGAAAGUUUUACUUGACGUUGAUGGCCUAGAUGAAUGGUAAUAGUCUAGUACAGAUAAACACUAGCUGUGCUCUAGCUGAUGGAGCUAGUGUACUCAUUCAUACUGUAGAAGCUGGUGUCUGUUAGACAGUAGGCCAAGUGUAUACAGGGUAUUCGUGAACAUGUGGCGAUUGUUAGUUGUUUCCAUAAUCUUGUCGUAAUUACAACGUGUGUUAAAACUGAGCCCUUUUGGGACAGAGCUGCUACAAAGUCCAUAGUGGGGUCCAGCCACAUUGUGUGUAACUCGGUGUGACCUUACAGUGACCUCUAGUGGCUAAUGUACAAACUGCAACUCCCUCCAAGUGAGCAGAACACUAAAUCGCUACAUUUUGACUUUGCUUGUUUACGCUUUAAUAUUAAUUGCUGAGAGCAGUCAGUGUUUAUGCAGUUCAUUCAGUAUUAAGGCAAAAACCUUAGAUUUGAGUAGGUUUACUUUAUUUUUUUAAGCAAAAACCUACUAUUACUAAUAAUGGAUUAGUACUGUAGAAUGUCUGGGUGAGAUGGAAAUGAGUGUGUGUGAGUGUGUGAACUUAUGUUCUGAUGUAUUGUAAGUUUUUUUUUUUUUUUUUUAAUAUUAAUGCCCUUUUUUAACCAAAAAAUGUAGUAUCUCACAAACUAGACUCUGCAAUAGGGUUUGAUGAAAUCUGGAAAGUCACAGAAAGAGAAAGAAAACUGAUCCAAAAUCCUGCACUGGAAUUUUUGAAAAUUGUCAUUUUUGAUAACAGUUUUAAAACUGAAAUUUAAAGGCCCUAUACCCUACUGGGUAUGCUGGCAAAAGGUGAGCUAUCACCUGUGUGUGUGUCUGUAUAUGUCUGUGUGUAUAUAUAUAUAUAUAUAUAUAUAUAUAUAUAUACACACACACACACACACACACAUAUAUACAGUAUAUAAAGCAAAAUUUAUAAAUUUAAGUUUAUAUCUGGAAUUUCUAUGUUUCUGUAAAGCUGCUUUGUGCACUGUCCAUUGUUAAAAGCACUAUACAAAUAAUUUAAUUGAGUGUGUGUGUGUGUAUAUAUGUAUAUAUAUAUAUAUAUAUAUAUAUAUAUAUAUACAUAUAUAUAUAUAUACACACACACACACACACACACAUACACACAAGUUCCUAAAUGAAUUGGUUAUGACUGGAAUUCGUAUCAUAUCUCACGGUAUGAAUACUUGUGAGGGAAAAAUAUAUAUUUUUUUAGUUUCCAUUGAAACAUUUUUGUUUUUUUUGGUUUUUUUUGUUUGUUUGUUUGUUUUUUGUUUUUGUUUGUUUUUUGUUUUUUUUGCUGUGGUUUAAUUAAUCUGUUUCUAUUCAUUUUUUGUAGACUUAUUUCUAACUUAGUGGAGUUGUAGAGUACUGCUGUAUAUAUAAAGCUAUAAUAUUGUAACAAAUUUUUCUUUUCUUGCUUUGUCUAUAUUUGAUGAACUAAUUAUUCCUGCUUUCAUGUAUUACAAGUUUAGAAAUGUAUUUUUGUAUAGUAUUACCAUAUUAGCGUACGUACAAUAUAUGAAAUGCGUCUAUUUACAUGACCUGUACAUGUAAAUAGUCAGUGUUGCGAGAUACAUUAGUGUCUGUUUCAGGCGUUUCAGAUUGAAGGUUUGUUUCUCAAACCUUGGUUUGUUUCUCAGUGCCUGAACUUAAAAUUGCUCCUUGAAGAUCCUCGUGGCUGGUAGACACCCGUGCCUAUCAAGCCAUUUGCCUUUCAGCUUCACUUUAAGUGUAUAUUUUAUCUUUGCUAUAAUCUGUCCUUUUGUUUGUCACUGGAUUUUUGUACACUGUAAAUAAAUGUCAUGUAAAAUGUUUUUUUUUUUUUUU